GCCUGAUAAUGGAUAAAUUCUUAAUCAAAAUGCCUAUUAAGCAUAAAAACAACGAAACUCCAGAGCAAAAACCGAUAGUCAAAAAGGAGACCCCCAAGGCAGCUGCUAAACAGUCGAAUAAAAACACUCCUAUUCAGGCUAAAGAGAAGGAAAACGCUCAGAACGAUACGCCAAAGCAGGGCAGAGCGGGAAGAUCGGCAAAGCCAGCGGCCAAGCGAAAGAAUCUAGAUACACUCGAAGUGAAUACGGAAAAAAAUACCGCAGAGAGCGAGAAUCCGCCCAAGCGUCGCAGUGGCCGCUUGACUCGGAGCACACGAUCGAUGGCCGAGGAGGGAACACCCUCGCCGGAGAAGGUGAAGCCCGAAAAGCUGCCGUUUAUCAAGUACCGCGGAGCGAUCAAGUACUUCACAGAGAACCAGGACAUUGCCGCAUCCGCUGACGAUGUGAUGCAAUGGGUGGACAAACAGACCGAUGUGGAUGUGGUCCCCAUGGCAUUUGACAUGGAGUGGCCCUUCUCGUUCCAGACCGGACCUGGCAAAUCCUCAGUCAUUCAAAUCUGCGUGGACGAGAAGUGCUGCUACGUCUACCAGUUGACUAACCUGAAGAAACUGCCGGCGGCCCUGGUGGCUUUGAUCAAUCAUCCCAAAGUGCGCCUGCACGGCGUCAACAUAAAAGCGGACUUUCGGAAGUUGCAGCGCGACUUUCCCGAGGUGUCCGCCGAUGCACUUAUCGAAAAGUGCGUCGAUCUGGGCGUGUGGUGCAACGAGAUCUGCGAGACUGGCGGCCGCUGGAGUCUGGAGCGACUGGCCAACUUCAUAGCUAAGAAGGCCAUGGACAAGAGCAAGAAAGUGAGAAUGAGCAAGUGGCAUGUCAUUCCCCUCGACGAGAACCAACUGAUGUACGCCGCCAUUGAUGUCUAUAUUGGACAAGUCAUCUAUCGCGAUCUGGAGCAGCGCGAAAAGCAAAAACUGAUAAACGAAUUGCAGUUCAAGGAACAGAAUGGAGAGGCGGCAUUCAAAGCAGUCAAGGGUCUGGGGGAAACGUUUCUCUCGAAAAUCAAUGAAAUAACAUUGUGAUGGGAUCAACUUAAUCUACCUAUAUCUAUAACGUAGGACUCAUAUUUUAUUAUCGAAUUUCAUUGACUGUCCUUGUUAUUUAGACUAUUUGUAUCAAAUUUAUUUAUUCCCCUAGAGGUUUUUAAUCAUUUUCUCAAACUGCAAUCAAUUUUUAAUAUAGGAACAGAUUAUAGAUUAA